AUGACAAAACGACGUAUGUCCAGCUACACACUGAGUUCCGGGAUUGUUAGAUUUGAGGACAUGGACGGAAGUGGAAUACAUUCCUGGACCACCAGUACGAACCGCAAUGAUGGAAACGUUACCAUGGAAACAUAUCUGGACAUUAACCAGAGUGAGAUGUUGGAGCGCAACUAUUCGAAUUUUCCAGGAGAGAACAACUGGAUUCUGUCGAAACCCCCUAAGGAACCACCUGUGGAUUACGAUAUGAAGGAACAGCGAAAUUCGAAAUCAAAUGAUACCAAGAUGUCUGCUAUUGCAUUGCUUUCUGGAUUUGCGGAAAGGACCUCUAUGGUAGGAGUGGCAUAUAUUCAUACGUCCGUUCAACCUAUAGCUAAGUUGAUAUGGACAGUCCUCCUUCUGGGCGCUGUGGGGGCUAUGAUUUUCCACCUGGUGUUCCUCAGUGAACAAUACUACUCACGACCAAAACAGACCAAGAUUACUAUAGAAUUUAGUAACCUACCUCCCCCGGCUAUCAGCAUCUGUAACACAAACCCUAUAAGACAGUCUCAGCUGUCACUCGCGUCUAAACAACUUAAAGAAUUAAUAACUCGUACUCACCCUAACAAAUAUAAAGUACAAGUUGAGGAAUUAAUAACUGGUUUGAAUGAGAAUUCAAAAGGCGGAACCGGAAAUGAUACAGAAGAGGGAGUAGGCGGUAAUUCUACCAUAAAUAUUGUUAGUGAUAGCGGAGGGAGUGAUGGUGCCAGAAGUGUGGACGGUGGGAUUACUGCAAGUAGUACCGGAGGGAGAAGAGGAAGAAAUAAGGAUGGAGAACAUGAAACUGGUGAGUCAGAUGGUGGUACUAAUACUGGAGGUAGCGGAAGUGGUGGUACCGGAAAUGCAAUGGGUAGUACUAACAUCACGACUACUGGGGGUAGCACCGGAAUCUCAGAACGUGGUACUACCGAAAGUAGCACAGGAAGUAGUAGUGGUGAUGGUACCGGAAUCUCAGAAGGUAGUAGUACCGAAAGUAGCACAGGAAGUAGAAGAGGGAGGAAUAGUGGAGGUGAUAUUGGUGGAUCAGGAAGUACUACUGACAAUAGCAGUACUGAUGGAGACAGUAGGGAAAAUGGUGUUUCCGGAGGAGGGGGCACUACCGGAAGUGGUUCAAAGAAUGGUAACAGAAAUGGAGGUUCCGGACAGAGUGCUAAUGGAAAAACUGCAGAGAGUUUUUCAAGAAAGCGGAGGUUUGUGGAAGACUUAGCUACGUUAAACCUUACUGACAGAGAUGAAAACCCUAUUGAUACUGGAGCUGGCGAUGACCCACUUACAGCCCUCAUGACCACCUUCAAACAACUCUACAUGAAGGAAACCAGUUACUACACUCUGUCACCUGUAGGAUCUAGAAGUGAUGUGAAGGUGUACCAGAUUCAGUGUGUAGGAUCUAGAAGUGAUGUGAAUGUGUACCAGAUUCAGUGUGUAGGAUCUAGAAGUGAUGUGAAUGUGUACCAGAUUCAGUGUGUAGGAUCUAGAAGUGAUGUGAAGGUGUACCAGAUUCAGUGUGUAGGAUCUAGAGGUGAUGUGAAGGUGUACCAGAUUCAGUGUGUAGGAUCUAGAAGUGAUGUGAAGGUGUACCAGAUUCAGUGUGUAGGAUCUAGAGGUAUCCAGAUGAUUCUAUUUCUGGACACGCCGGAGUAUAUACACGGGAUCACGGACGGAUACGGAGCACGUGUGGUGAUUCACGAACCGGAUACGAUACCUUACCCUGCUGAAGACGGAUUCUUUGUACCUGCCGCCUUCGAAACAAGUAUCGGACUCAAACUGGUUUCCAUGUCCCGACUUGUGUCUCCAUUUGGAAUUUGUACAGACGAAGAUAUUUUUUUUCGGGAACAUGGUGUCAAAUACACAUUUCAGACCUGUCUGUGGAUGUGUAAGGCCAGAGAAGUGAUGACGUCAUGUGGAUGUUUGGGCCCACAUGCUCAUGACAACCUCUUAAGGACAAAUAUUGAUUCUGACGUCAGAUUGUGUGAAACUCGCAGAGAGAAGAGAUGUGCCAGUAAGCUUGCUCAGAGAUUUCGUGCUAAAACACUACAAUGUGACUGUCCUCAAGCUUGCAAGGAAAAUAAAUACACGAAGUUUAUCAGCACACAUCAAUAUCCAACCAACGAGUAUUUGUACAUGUUGCUACAAGGUGUUUGUGAAGGCGACAGACUGCAUUGCACUGAGAUGAAGAGACAACUUAGCGAUCCACGGCUAUUGAGUCUGAACUUUCUAAAACUUGUGGUGUAUUACGAGGACCUGAAUUACGAACAUAUAAAGGAGACUCCGGAAAUUGAGGACGCCCAGUUCCUGUCAGAUGUGGGCGGGGCACUUGGGUUAUGGAUCGGACUCUCACUGCUCAGCGUAUUUGAAGUCCUUCAGCUUAUUGUGGAACUGGUUAACUUGAUAAUAUUUAAGCAACCUGCAGAACGGUCGCGAAAAAACUCUUGUCUAUAA